AUGACUAGUUUUGAGAAUGAAAGAUCAGAAGACGGUCCUUGGAAUGGACUAGAAAUUGAACAGUCUCGAUCCACAACAACCCGCUGGCCUUGUUUCUCCCUGGAGACUGGCAACAAGCCUAUUGAAGCAGAGGCUAUCCAAGGCCUUCUCCAGCUACAGAAUCCAGUCUUGCUUUCAAACUACACCCACCCACCUCUAAUCCGUCCACAACCACAGCACAGACCCCCGUCAUGGCACAUGCCAUCCCAAAAAUCUCAAAACAUUUCCUCGAGUUCUAGUGACCAAGAACCCUCACAACCAUCCUAUUCUCUCGACAGAUCUCUGUCUCUUCCUCAUCUCACUCUACCACGGCCGAUUUCUUAUCUUAGCGACUGCAACCGUCCGAUGCCAUUGGUCGUUGUAACGGACCCAUCGGCUGAAACCCUAAUUGCGACGGACACAAACGAAGGUCAUAUGGAGAAACCAGAAGGCUCAGACGACACCGAAGACACGGAUGAUGAGAUGAGCAAAUCAAAAAGACAAUCUCAUCCGUCCAGUCAGCGAAACAGCACAGGGCUUCUGAAGCCUCGGUGGAAAGAUGCAGAGAGACUAAGACUGUUCCAAGCAAUAGUAAAGGACAAGCUUUUGGAUGACAUGGCAAGUUUUCAUUGGGAUAAGAUAGCUGUCGAGGUCGGGAGACCCAAGAAGGCUUGUAAAGAUCAGUGGAGACGGGAACUUCUUCCCAAUUUUAUGGCUAGGAUGCAGGCGUCUUAUCAGCCUGAACAAGGCGAUGAUCAGGAUGAUGAAUAG